AAAAUUAUCAACAGUCCAAAAUUAUUUGAAUCUGAAAAUCUAGUACAACAUCCCUGUGAAUAAUUUAACAACAACUACUGUAUUUCCCUCAUUUUUAAUUAAAGUUGAUAUUUUAUUUGAUCAGGAGAUUUCUAUUGUCACUAAAUUAGUGUAUAAUCAACUUUAAGUCGAUAGCUAAAAUUUUUUCUUGAAUUCCUGCAACGGCUAUCAAAAUUUGAAUGGGUUUUAAACCAUUCAGACCAAACCUGUGAAACUUCAAAACUGCGGUAAAAAAUCAAAAUAUUGCAAAAAUUUCAAUUAAUUUUUUUAUGUAGUGGUUUUAAAGGCGAUUUAAAAUGAAUGAUUUGCAUAGAAAAAGCAAAAAGAGCAAGAUCUCAGGAUUUGUUCUGUUUGCAAUAGAAUUAGCCGGUAGAAAAAUCAGGAAUUAUGAAGACACUUUCGUGACUUCCAGAGAAAUUGAACAUGCGAAACCAAUAUAUAAUCGAAUGUCAUUUGAAGACCGAGAAAAAUUGAAGGAUAGAGCUCGAAGAUAUAAUGUUAAAGUUUCGAGCACUCAAGUACGUUAUAAUUCACUUGGACAGACAAUAAAAGAAGUCGAUGAUGAAAGGAAUGAAAUUGAGGAAGAAAGGAAUCGACGACGUAAUGAAAUUGAGCAACUUUUAAAAGAUGCAGUUGAUAUGGGAGAAUUGGACACAAAAGUGUUUUAUUUUGUAACUGCAUCGCACUUUUAUGAAGACUGUAAUAUGAUCUUUCCUGCCGAAAUUGCCUUAUCAAAGUACAGUUUAAAGGAAGGAAUUAUGGACACGGUACAUGUAGAGAUAAAUCCUGGAGAACUUCCAAUUGGAAGUGCUUAUAAAGCUCAAAUUAUAGCAGACAGUACACAUAGAUAUCCAAUACCACCAACUUUUGGAGAAUCAAAUUACUUGAAUAUUUUGACGAAAAUUAUAGGACUUCUGCCUGAAGAAGAGAAACUGCCAAUUUUUUUCACUGAAGGAAUUGAUGACAUGCCGACUGAAAGUAAAAUCCAUAAAGAUAAUCAGAGAGUAAUCAAAUAUAUUUUUGAAGCAGCACAAGAGUACGAUGUGGCAAGUGACUUGAAAAUUUACUCUAUUCUCGAGCUUUUCUAUUAUCUGCAAGAUGUUACAACAGCACUAAAAUAUGAACAGAACCCAGAAAGCAGUUACGAACCAUUCCAAAGUUUUGCAGCUGCUCAAGCUGCAUUUAAGCAGACAGAAGCAGAACUUUUAUAUAAAACAGAAUCAUGCGUGUUUCAUGAAGGAAAUGACUCAAUUACAUUCUGUUGCUUAAACAAAUGCAUCAGAUAUGGAUACAUCAUCUCAAAAUGGUGUGCUACUGGUUUCAAAUAUAAAUUAAAGCCUGGUUGUCAUUUUCCAAAAAAUUAUUUGAAUAUUCAUGCUUAAACACUUUAGACUUGAUGUAAAUGACUGGAUCUGAAUAAAACUUUAUUAUGAUUAUGAUUAAGCGAA